UGGAUAUACGACUAAACGGGCUACCCCCAUUACAAAACCAACAAAAUAUUUGAAGCAAGACUUUUCGCACAGCUGCCAGAAUGCUGAAGUGGGCUGUGAACCAGCCGCGUCUGUCCUACCUGGCGACUCAGCCAGACCAGGGAGAGGCAGCUGGAGGCCAUGCCAUAAGCAGCUACAGCGAUUUCCAGCCAACUGCCACGCCCACCCCCAUAGCCGCCUCGCGCAUGAAGCUGAACGUGAAGCGGCAAUCGCUGCUCCACAUCCAGAUGCAGGCAGAUGCGGGCGACAAGGAGAAUCAGUUGACCUCCACAUUGACGUCGACGCCGCUGCCCGCUUCCUCGGCUGCCUCGGCUGCCUCGGCUGCUGCUGCCCCUCCUGCGCCGCGCUGCACGCCUCUGCUGAGAGACCUGAGCAACAUCCUCUCGCCCCUGCACACGCCCCCCCUGAAGAGGACUGCCUAUGCGUGCACGCUGCCCACCUUCGAGGCGGAGUACUCGCCCGGCCACCGGGAGAACAAGGAUCAGGCGGACAGCCAGCGGGACACGCAGGACAACAGGAUCAUUCCAGGAGCGCUGCUCGCACUGCGUGGCAUGGGCAUCCCGGACAGCUACUUCGAGAAGCCGCGCUACCUGCAGCCAGCUGCCUCUACUCCUGCUCCUGCUCCUUCUGCUGCAGCUGCUGCUGCUCCAUCAGUUGCCCCCAUUGCUGACCAGACGCUGCUCAGCUCCACCCAGAUGGGCGACGUAACCUUGGAGCGCAUGAUCGAUGCCAUACUGGAGAGCACGCGCAAAGCUCCAUCUGCAGCGCCUCGUGCUCGCGCCCGUCCUCAUCCCCAUCCCCAUCCUCGUUCCCGCCUACGCCACAUCUCUCGCCCCCGCCCCGCUCCACUCCCGCAUAUCUCCACGAGCCACUCGCCCACCUAUCGACCCGCCUUCGAUCCGGCCAGCGACCUGAGCGAGUAUUGGCAGCCACCCACCCAUCCGGAUGUGUACGAAGAGAGGGAAGUGCGCUCUCCUCAGCAGGGAGCAGGAGGGGGAGGGGGAUCUGGAGCGGGAGAUGCAUCUCUGUCUCUGGCGGGCAAGCGACGCUCUCUGCAGCAGCUGCGCAGGCAGCGCGUGGUGAGGCGCAAACGGAAGAUCGCCACGAAGAUCUCGUCCAGCGUGCGCCACUCGGCGCAGAAGCUACUCGCAGCUGCGGCCCGAUCUGCCCACAAGCUGCCCCAUCCCCACGCACACUCGCACUCCCGAGCUCCUGGCCAGAGGCACAUCAGCCCCGACAGCGGACACAACUCCACCAGCGACUGCGAGCUGGAGCUGGAGAUGGAGCUGGAGCUGGAGCAUAAGGCGAAGCGGGUGCCGUUUGGCGACUGCGUCCUGGAGGUCGCGACCAAGCGGCGGCUCAGCUUCUCCUUCCACGAGGAGCUCUUCGUGGAGCAGUGAACCUGGUUCCAUUCAACUGAACCUUUGGCUGUCUCAAAUAAUUUUAGCACAUUUUUUUUUGCUGUUGUUUUUUUGCUCUUUGAAUUUAGCGAAAUUGUUGCUAAAAGCUUUCAAUUGCCUUCUCCAAAUUCACAUUCCAAUCUAAGACUUUUAAUCUCUAAUU